AUGGGGCAAGGCUACUCCCUCACCACCCUUUCAACGGGUUCGGCGGGGAUCGAUGUACCCGAGCUAUCAGACUUGGUGUAUGAGAAGUCCAUGGGCGGUGGGAGAUUUACGAAGAGUAUUCGAGCAAGGCAGCAAAAUGGUCUCGUUCUCGUGAAGGUGAUCAUGAAGCCUUAUCCUAGCAUGAAGCUGGAGCCCUAUGUCAAAGCCAUCGUUCGGGAGCGCAAAUUACUUGCCGAUGUCCCAAAUGCUUUGAGUCAUCAAAGGAUCCUUGAGACUGGCACUGCGGGUUAUCUAGUCCGGCAAUAUAUCCAUAGUUCCCUCUAUGACCGGAUGAGUACGCGGCCAUUUCCCGAAGAUAUCGAGAAGAAAUGGAUUGCAUUCCAGCUCUUGUGCGCUCUUCGGGACUGUCAUUCACUGGAUGUUUUCCAUGGCGACAUCAAGACGGAAAACGUUCUAGUGACUUCAUGGAAUUGGCUGUAUCUCACAGAUUUUUCUUCAUCUUUUAAGCCAACAUUUCUGCCUGAGGACAAUCCCGCGGACUUCUCGUUCUAUUUCGAUACGUCUGGGCGACGAACGUGCUAUCUGGCUCCUGAGCGAUUCCUCGAGGCUGGCGAGGAGCCAGGGAAUAGGCGUGUCAACUGGGCCAUGGAUAUAUUCAGUGCAGGCUGCGUAAUUGCGGAACUUUUUCUAGAAGCGCCCAUUUUUACCCUGAGUCAGAUGUACAAAUAUCGCAAGGGCGAGUACAGUCCGGAACAUAGCCAGUUGGUGAAGAUUGAAGACCCUCAAAUCCGAGAAAUGAUACUCCACAUGAUCCAGCUUGAGCCAGAGUCGAGAUAUUCGGCGGAAGAAUACUUGAACUUCUGGAAAAACAAGGCUUUUCCGGAAUAUUUCUACAGCUUUCUGCAUCAGUACAUGUCUCUGAUGACCGACCCCAUGUCCGGCAGGGCGCAAGCAGGGGCGGAAUUGGCAAAUGAGUCCGAUGAUAGGAUAGAAAGAGUCUACUAUGACUUUGAUAAGAUUUCUUAUUUUCUGAGUGCAUCUUCCAAACCUGUGAGAGAUGGUUCCAGUCGCAGCACCUCCAGACUCACCGGAAAUGCAUUUCCUAUUCAACUCGACCUUCCCAACUACGGACCCCAAGCUGCCAAGUCUCAGAUGCAAGCAGACGACGGGGUCCUGAUUUUCUUGACGCUUGUGGUGUCAUGUCUUCGCAAUACAGCCAGGGCAUCUGCCCGUGUCAAGGCUUGCGAUAUUCUCCUUGCUUUUGCCGAGAGACUAUCCGACGAGGCGAAGCUGGAUCGUGUUUUACCUUACAUCAUGAUUUUGCUCAAUGAUAAGACAGACACGGUGAAGGUUGCUGCCAUUCGUGCUCUGGCACAGCUACUGGAGAUGGUUCAGGUCGUGUCGCCUGUCAAUGCGUAUCUCUUCCCGGAGUACAUCUUCCCAAGAUUCCAACCUUUCAUCUCUACAUCGAGCUCAAAUCCGAGCCCAAUGGUUCGCGCCGCGUACGCUUCGUGCAUCGCUUCUCUAGCGCAAUCUUCAUUGAGGUUCCUGGAUAUGAUCCAAGCUUUACGCUCUGAUACUCGUCUUCAAGCUCUCAUCCCGGCUGGAUCAGAGCCGAGAUGGACUGAGGAUGUUACUUUCCAUAAUCUCUACGACGUUGCCAGAGUCGAUCUUCUCGAGUACUUUGAGAAUCAUACAAAAGCCCUUUUCACUGACACUGACGCGUCUGUCCGUCGUGCCUUUUUGAGCUCAGUCCCCAGUCUGUGCGUCUUUUUCGGCAAUCUAAAGACGAACGAGGUGAUUCUGAGCCAUUUGAAUACUUACCUCAAUGAUCGUGAUUGGAUUCUGAAAUGUGCCUUUUUCGAAUCGGUUGUUGGAGUGGCAUCCUACGUCGGAAGUACAAGCCUUGAGCAGUACAUAUUGCCCUUGAUGGUUCAAUCUCUGACUGAGCCAGAGGAGUUUGUUGUUGAGAGAGUGCUCCGAUCGCUUGCUGCCAUGGCUGAGCUCGGCCUUUUUCAACGAUCGACCACAUGGGAGAUUCUCCAGAUUGUGGUACGUUUCCUCAUCCACCCAAACAUGUGGAUAAGGGAGGCAGCUGUGUGUUUCAUCAAUAAUUGCUCCAAGCUCCUGUCUAUCGCCGACAAAUACUCGAUCCUGAGUCCUCUUGUUCGCCCGUUUCUCAGAGUGACCAUUGUGGAAUUUUCGGAAGAGAAACUGCUCGACGCUCUGAAGAAACCUCUCUCAAGAAGUGUAUAUGAACUAGCAUUUGUCUGGGCCUCGAAGUCCGAGAAGGGUCUUUUCUGGAAGUCCACGGCUCGGGAUGAAGUGUUCAGUUUAGGGGCCACUGAUCGCAGUCUUCCUAGGGGACCAAAGAACUCAAGCCUCUCUCUCAAUGUGCAACCUAAAAAUGAGGAAGAUGAGCGCUGGUUAUCCCGAUUGAGGAACAUAGGGCUUGGACCAGAUGAAGAUACGAAAUUACUUGCACUCAGAGGGUAUAUCUGGGGGGUGUCUUUGCGCCAGGCUAAGGACCUGGACGACGCGCAAUCCUCACUCAGCGAGGUGAUCGCUCUAACCCAGUAUGAUGUUACGCCUCAAACUGUGUUUUUUGACAAAAAUCAAAACAUCAAGCCACACGGUGUUUCUGUGCCUAAGCCUAAAGAUGCAGCAACAGGGGAGGGCAAGCCGCAUACUAUUGCCGAUGCGCUUUUGGAUGCGUCCACGACAAUCGAUGGGGCAUCUCAGUCGCGUCGCAAACAUUUGAGGGUGGGAAGUCACCCGUACAGCGCGAUCAGCACGCCCCGACAGCAGGCUCGGGACAAUUCUCGAGCAGCACAGUCCCCUGCGCAGUCGCCGGUCAUAUUAUCGCCAACUGUUGCACCAGGUUCACGAUCGCUAUCGCCGCCUAGCUCCGAUGCCGAACGGAGAAACGGGAAAGGCAGACAUCGUUCUGGGCAAGAUAGCCCGUCGACAUCUACUGAUCCAGAGAGUCCAGGGGUAAAGGGCAACCACCUGGCAAGCGGCGUGCAGCGGAAGCCCAGUGCUAUCAGCCUACUCAAUCGUAAGGAUUCGUCCAAGGCAUAUGCCGAGACAAGCAUGAGUUCAGCCAAUGCAUUUGGCAAGGUUGAUGUGCCAUCGCAGCGGCAGGAGCCACAGUCAUCGGCGUUGACUCUGGCACAUGAGCGACAGGGCGGGAAUGUCGAACGGCAGCAGUACCAUGCCAGCCAUUCUUAUGCGGGCAACGAUCCAGUCGUGUUGAGACUCUUGGAUUCUGUUUUCGCGGAGAAUUAUCCCACCGACCUUUUUGAUCUGGGGCCCUUUGUCAAAGAGGAAGACGCCAGACGGCCGAUCAAGAAAGCCAACGGCCACGAUGCAAACCGAGUAUGGAAACCAGAAGGGAGCCUGGUCGCGCUUUUUGGCGAGCACAGUGGGCCUGUCAACCGGGUUGUGGUGGCGCCCGACCACGCCUUCUUCAUCACGGCCUCGGAUGACGGCAGUGUGAAGAUCUGGGACACUACGCGGCUCGAAAAGAAUCUCACCCCUCGAUCGCGGCAAACCUAUCGCCACAGCGCCGAAGCCAAAGUGAAGACGCUGGCGUUCGUGGAGAACACACACACGUUUAUAAGUGGUGCUACCGAUGGCAGUUUGCAUGUUGUCAAGGUCGAUUAUCACAAUGUCAAUGACACGGUGCGAUAUGGAAAGCUCCAGCGCGUACGGGAAUACCAGCUGCCGGCAGCUGACGACGGGUCGGUGGAGUAUGCGACCUGGAUUGAACAUUUCCGCUCUGACGCACAGUCCACGCUUCUGAUUGCCACCAACACUUGCCGCAUCCUUGCUCUGGACAUGAAAACCAUGCUCCCCGUGUAUUCUCUGCAAAAUCCGGUGCACCACGGAACACCGACAACUCUCUGCUGUGACCGGAGACACAACUGGCUACUCGUAGGAACCACCCAUGGCGUCCUCGAUCUCUGGGACCUUCGGUUUAGGGUACGGUUGAAGGCGUGGGGCCUUCCCGGUUCCGGUGCGAUCCAUAGGCUCCAGGUUCACCCCACCAAGGGGCGCGGACGAUGGGUCUGUGCCUCGAGCAGUGGCAGUCACGGCAAUGAGAUUACGGUGUGGGAUAUCGAGAAAGUCCGCUGUCGCGAGGUGUAUCAGGCCGAUUCGCCGGGCGCCAGCGCCGUGCUCCCCAAUGGAGGACAUGGCGGCUCUCCCGCCGACCACACCCCGGCCAAAAAGACGUACCCCAGCUCCCGGGACUACGAGGCCUGGCUCGUCGAGAGCGAUCGGCCGGAGGGCAUGCUCAGCCGGUUCGGUACGGAAGGGCCGCUGUCGGGGGCCAUUGAGUCCUCAGGGCCCUCGCCGUCCAGCGCCCCGGCCGGCAUCUGCGCGUUCGCGGUUGGAUACGACUCCCCGGAGGACGGCAAGGACAACAGCACGCGGUGCGGGUUUAUUGUGUCGGCCGGAUGCGACCGCAAGAUCCGGUUCUGGGACCUCGCUCGCCCGGAGCUGUCCGCGAUUGUCAGCGGGAUGGAGGCCGUGUCGGAGGGCGGGGUGGCGGGCAAGCCGCGCUACGAGCUGUCACAGCCCGGGCCGAAUCUGAUGGUGACCACGGAGCACAUCCCCAGUCCUCCGGCGGCGAGCAGCACGGGCGGCAAGGGUAGCAGCAGUAAGAAGGGCGGGGGCGGGCGGCUGCCGCGCAGUACGGUGAUUAGUCUCCAGCAGCAGCAGCUGUUGAAGAACCAUUUGGACUUUAUCCAGGAUGUGGCGGUGCUACGGGUGCCGUAUGGGAUGAUCGUCAGCGUGGAUCGGGCGGGGAUGGUGUAUGUUUUUCGCUGA